AUGCGGCUCUCUCUCAUACUCCUCUCUCUGGGGAUCCCCCAUGCUGUCCUCGCCGACCCACAGCAAAACCCCCUAGACCUGCUCAACAACGUCGAGGGGCUAUCGAAUCUGAAGAAAUUCGUCUCCAUUGCAUCGACAUUAUCAUCCUUGGUAGAUGAUAAUGAAGACGACUCGCCGCCUGAAAAGCAGCAGCAGCAGCAACAGCAUGCUCGAGCAGAUUCUGCGUCCGACGACAGUCCCGACUUGUCAGAUGGCAUCGAUCUUUCGCAGAUGAAGAAUGUUGCUUCAGUAGCGUCGACCUUGUUCUCGCUUCUAGGCGAUAACGAUAAAGUUGCCGGUUCUGAUGCUGGGGAGUCGAAUGAAGCUACCAAUGCCAACGCCGAUGCAGACCAAGAUACGCCCGACAUUCUGAAAAAGCUCAGCGCGCUGCAGGAUAUCGUAUCGUUCGCAUCGGGCAUCGGUUCACUUCUUGACACCGACGACACAGACGCAGACAUGGACAUAGAUGUUCAAAACGAGGAUUCCAACCCCCCACGAUCAAUACCCGAACUCAAGCCAGAAACACCCCCAGAACCGGAGAAAGCAGAGCCAACCCCAAUUCCACAAGAGGAACUCAAUUCCACACCCGAAGCACAAGAUAUGCUCGCACGGAUUGAAGCCAUCCAGCGCCUAAACGUCCUAGUCAAGAAACUCACCGUCCUCACCGACGAGAAAACCCCAACGCCCAUAACCGAGCGCCUGCAGCUCCUCUUCUCAGACCCAGAGUUCACGUCCACAUUCAGCUAUAUCUUCGAAAACGGCGGCAAGGUACUCACUCCUGAAGUCGUCGCCGCUUUCAAAGUAUUCCUAAACACCAGCCCCGCAAUCCCCGACGAGUACCGCACCAUCGCCGUCGGCGCACUGGAUACACUCAGUUCAGCAUUCAGCCCCGAGUUCGUGGAAUACUACCGCACCGCAAAAGAGGCGCUCGAUCGCGCAGGUAUAGAACUGAUCCCCGCACUCGAAUACCUAUGGCGCGCGGUGCAGUGGGCCCGGAAUACACUGGACCGGGAUUACAUCAAAGCGCUGAAUCAGGAGGUUGUGCUGUGGCACAGAGCGCUCACAUCUGAGCAGAUGGGUGAAUUCGUGGCAUACAUCACCGACGAAGAAACUCUCGGCCGGGUUACGGCUUCUGUGGCGCGGUUUAGGAAGACGUUGACGCCUGACCGGGCGCACCGGCUGCAUGCCCUGUUCGAGGACCAGGGGAUCUUCGAUCAGGGGGAUUUGGAGUACCAGGCGUAUGGGCAUGUCAUGGGCAAGAGGAUCAAGUUUUAUUUCGGUACCGAGGAUGGCGUUUCUGAGGUUGAGCGGUUGCUUGAUUUGCUGGAUGGGCCGCUGCAGGGUCAGACGAUGGCCGAUGUCGCUGGGAUACUGCAGACGCGGGCGCGUGUCUUAACCCCGUAUAUGGCGGACGAUCUGGCGACAUUCUUCUACCAGUUUAGCGAAGUCACGGAGGUCGUGGAUAUUCUGGAAGAAAUCCUGCGAGAUAUUGUGCAACUGGUGCGGCCGCUGUUGGACGUUGAUACCCGCGCGGCGCGCGUUCUGUCAUGGGCGUUCUGGACGGAUCUAAAUCAGAUCCUGGAUAAAGUUUUGUCGGUCCCUGGUUCUUCACUUACAACUUUGCAGAAACUUCUCGCUACUGCGUCUAAGCUGCUGGAGCCAGAACGGGCGAAGGGGUUGCGUCUCCUGGUUGCCGACGCAUCAGGGACACCGCGUACCCCUGGGUCGGAAGGUUUUGAUGUCCCAGGGAACGACAGUGCCGUGGACACAGGCAGCAUGAUGGGAGUGGUGGACACGGAAUCUAAACUUGCGCCUGAUGUGACGGAGGAUGCGCUGCGUGUUCUUCACGGAGCUGAUGCCCUGCUGGCGCCUGGGCAGAUAGACAAGACGCGGGAUACAGUGCUGGUGCUGAGCGAGGCUGGCGAGUUUCUUGUGAAGGUUGUCCGGAUAUUUGAGGACGAUGACGCUGGGGGGCAUGUCCGUCACGACGAACUAUGA